CAAGCAAAACGAACUCAAUAGAUCUCUAUCGACCCCCAGCUUUAAGAAAUCAUAAUCACAAUGCUGAUACGAUUGAUACGACGACGACGACGACGACGACGACUAAUGCAACUUUUGUUGCCAAAACUGGGUCAGUGAAUGCAACAGCCGCAACGAGUGCAGAGGCUUCGUGUACAACAAGAGCAACACCAACAAAAACAAUUGGCAAAACAACACUGUUAUCUACCUCAAUAUCAUGCAAUAAUUCCCCAACUCAUGCAAAUGAGAAUAAGAGUUUCGAUAAUAAUACAGUGACCUCGACGAGGUGCGUAAACGCCGAAAUGGACUGCGCAGCAACGACAACAGCGGCGACGACAGCAACAACAACGCCAAACACAUUGACGAUCAAUUCAGAGUCGGUGGCGACUGGCGGUAUGCCAACAACGCCAGUGUCGAGUGCCACCACAAUCAGCAGCAGCAGCAGCAGCGGCCAGCAAAG